UUCUUUCAAUGCUCUUGGCCAUCGAUUCGGUUCUGAUAAUGAUUCAAAUGUUGCUGAGUCAUUGGCAAAUAUAAGAAGACAGCGCAUAUGACGAAAACGUGCAGGUAUUGUUAAAUCAAUACCAUGUUGAUUUUUCCACUUCGAUAUUAGAUCGCCGUUACUUCCUUGAUCGAAGUUUGUUGUUCACCAACAAACUUAAUAACGAUAGGCGAAAAUAAUAUUUUCGAUGUUGAUAUUGGAUGAGUCAUCAGAGGGUGUGCUGAAUCUUAGUUGACGAAAAAUUUCUGUUCGUUGUUGACCUGGUGGGAAAAUGAUACUUCUCGGCCGUUUGUUUGUGGUCUCGUCAUUGUUCAGCUUCUGAUUUCGUGCCGGCAUCUGCUGUUAAAAUAGAUUCAACAUCUUUGGUGAUUCAUAUCCACCGUUAUGAAUAUGAAUCAUAACGUGGAAUAUAUCAAAAGAAAAGAAUAUAGAACGUAAGAAUCGAUGUAUACACGCGCAAACAUUGUAAGCGAAUGAUUAAAAUGUAUCUGUCCAUCUAUUCAUAUACAAGUAUUCCUGCCUAUAUAUGUUAUGUCAGUGGAGCCAUCUCCUGACAUAAGAAGGAUAUAUCCAAGGGGGAAAAGGCGAUACUCCAUCUACUCCAAAAAAGAAUUUGGAGUAGAGCGGAGUACGACUGGAGUAGAGUGGAGUAUCACUGGAGUAGAGUGAAGUAUCACUGGAGUACCACUGGAGUACGACUGGAGUAGAGUGGAGUAUCACUGGAGUAGGGCGGAGUAUCACUGGAGUACCACUGGAGUAGAGUGGAGUAUCACUGGAGUAGGGUGGAGUAUCACUGGAGUACGACCGGAGUAGAGUGGAGUAUCACUGGAGUACAAGUGGAGUAUGGGAAUGCAACGGUGACGAUCAUUCACCGCUUAACCGUCACCGUUUCACCGGUCCAAACUGAUAACCGAGGGUACGGUUCCCGGUCUAACUAUAAUAACCGUACGUACGGUUACCGGUUCAAACCCGUUGGCAAGAAAACACCAUUUCAUGAGAAAAUGACGAUAUUUCAUAAAGGUUGACGAAAGUAAAUCGAGGUCGGAGAAUCCGAAUCUGAAGUCGGUUUUUGAAAAUUUUGAAUUCAAUUUUUUUCACAAAGGCAAGGUUUUUUUAGAAAAAUAAUGAUAUUCUAUAAAGGUUGACGAAAGUAAAUCGAGUUCGGAGAAUUCGAAUCUGAAGUCAGUUUUUGAAAAUUUUGAACUAAUUUUUUUGGGUGAAACGAAGGGUUUUUUGAAAAAAUAAAGAUAUUUCAUAAAGGUUGAUGGAAGUAAAUCGAGGUCGGGGAAUUUGAAUCUGAAGUCAGCUUUUGAAAAUUUUGAGUUUUAGUCUUCACAUAUAAUCUUUUUCAGGAAUAAAUCUUUCUAGAAAAAAAGACGAUUUUCAAGAAGCGGUUUAGUUUUGGGAAGAGAAAAUUGAAAAGUUCAAGGAUCUGAUUUCAGAUUUGGAUUCUUCGAUUUCGAUUUCGAUUUACUUUCUUGAGCCUUUAUAAUAUAUAAUUACUUUUCUGAAAAACCUUUUCCUUUUGUGGAAAAAAUUGAAUUCAAAAUUUUCAAAAACUGACUUCAGAUUCGGAUUCUCCGACCUCGAUUUACUUUCGUCAACCUUUAUGAAAUAUCGUUGUUUUCUUAUAAAAUGGUGUUUUUCUUGCGAAUAGGUUUGACUUGGUAACCGCACCUACGGUUAUCAUCACCGUUGCAUCCCUAGUGGAGUAAGGCUGGGGUACGACUGGAGUACAGUGGAGUAUGACUGGAGUACGAAUGGAGUAUCGGUGGAGUAUCAGUGGAGUAGAGUGGAGUACCGGUGUAGUAUGAGUGGAGUACCGGUGGAGUAGUGUGGAGUAUCGGUGGAGUAUGCACUCCUGGAGUAUCGCCUUUUCCCCCUUGUGUUAUAUACAUGAUUGUUUUCUUUUGAUAAUAUAUUAAUCGAUUCAACAGUCUACAAUUAUUUUAUACUUUGUUUUUUUUUUCUAUUUAGCAAAUCAGGAUAUCCUCACUGGACCUGCAUAUGGGGGAGAUGGAGGCGACUUAUUCAACGAUAUGGACACUAUUGGUGCAGCGGGUUUUACUGCUCCUAAAUCAAUCAAUAUUAAGAAAGCUGCGUGGGUGGACUCCAUUCAAAUUACUUAUCAAACUUAUGGGAAAAAUAUACGUGAAGCACCAAUAAGAGGUGAACUUGGUGGAGAAUAUUGCAGAUUCGACUUAGAUCUUGACGAAAGAAUCGUAAAUGUUACAGGUGCUUCUGACAAAUUUGUUGAUGCUCUACAAUUUAUAACUAAUAAGGGACGAAUAAGCCCUUAUUGCGGUGGUAAUAGUGGUAUACGAUUUACCGAGAGCCAUCCAGGUUAUAUUAUGUCGUUUAUAAGUGGUCGAUCUUAUCAUUAUCUAGAUCAAAUUCAAUUUCAUUGGAUUCGUGAAGAGGUAAAAUAUAUUAUGACGUCAUUAAACUAUGAUUUAAACCAAGUAAAACAAAUACAGAAAGAAAAACCGACAUUUGUCUUCUCAACUACACUUAUUAAUCGUUCGCCGAUAGAACAGAAAAUAUCUUAUACACAUACAGUUACAACUGUCGAAAGUGAGACGUGGACUAUGAAAAAUGAAUUAACGUAUGGUGUGACUGUCUCUAUAAGUUGUGAUAUUCCCAGGCUGGUUGACUGGUCAGUACAAUUAAGUACAACUUAUACACGUGGAUUCGAAUAUGGCCAAACGAAGACUACAGAAACCACACGUGAUCACACAUUAGAAGCACGUGUACCGGCAAAUUCACAAUUAACAGCAACAUUACUAGCCUUGGAUGGAGAAAUCGAGGUCCCCUACACAACUAACUUGGUCAUUGUAUAUGCAGAUGGCACAGAGAUUUCAAAAUCUGAUCAGACAGGAACGUUCACAGGAGUUCAACUUGUUAAAAUGACUGCAGAAUACGGACCAGCAAUACCUAUUUAG